ACUAUUAUUCUGCCUUCAAAACAUGGAACUCCUAUCGGACGAAGGUCUCCGGUUGGAUGGACGGCGGCCCAAUGAACUGCGUCGCAUACAGUGCAAGCUGGGAGUGUUCAGCCAGCCGGAUGGAAGUGCCUACAUCGAGCAGGGCAAUACCAAGGUGCUUGCUGCCGUCUACGGACCUCAUCAGGCUCCGGCCAAAAAGAGCAGCCAUGAAGAGGUCAUUGUCAACUGCCAGUACAGUAUGGCCACAUUUUCCACCGGAGAACGUAAGAAGCGACCCCGAGGGGACAGGAAGAGCCAGGAGAUGACCAUUCACCUGCAGCAAGCACUGAGUGCGGCCAUCAAGACCGAGUUGUACCCCAAAUCGCAGAUCGACGUGUACAUUGAAGUGCUGAUGGCGGACGGUGGAAACUACUGUGCCUCGGUCAAUGCAGCGACGUUGGCCCUGAUCGAUGCGGGAAUCUGCUUAAAGGAGUACGUUUGCGCCUGUACGGCUUCACUGGCCGGAAAAGUCCCGCUGAUGGACGUAUCAAAUUUGGAAGAAAUGAGUGGAGGGCCAACGCUUACGGUGGCAUCGCUUCCCAGCAGUGGGAAGAUUGCAUUCAUGGAAAUGUCUCAGCGCUUCCAUUUGGACCAUCUACCGAGGGUGCUGGAGACGGCACUGCAGGGAUGUCGGGAGGUGCAGAAAAUCAUCGAUCAAGCCGUGAGGGAACACGUGACGCAACUAGGACAGGCAGGGGAUUGGGGAACUGUUGGUAAAUAAAAGACGAAGGGUAGGUUUGAACGAGUUAA